GUUAUUGACAGAAACGCGCGAUAAAGCAAAUAAUUUCAGUGGUCACGAUAAAUUAAUAACAUGAUAGAGAGAAAUGAAGAUAACACCGACAAUGAUAACAAUCUUGACAGGAGAAAACUAAUAGCUGACAAGAGGACUUUUUUAGAAAAACAGUUUCUUGAGGUUCAAAAGGAGAUCAAAGUAUCAUUUGCUCACUUGGCACAAACAUUGUAUGCUAGAGAAAAGCAACUUUUACGACAAUCAGAAGCACUUUACAGACAACAAAUAUCUUUAGCGUUGUCCAAUCCUGAAAUUCUUCCUCCAUGUAUAACAAUAUUGGAUGACAGAAAUACCAUUGAAGAACAAAUCAGACAGUUUGGAAGAAUAGAACUGACAGGUUCUAAUUCAACAGCAAUUACUAACUUAGAACCAUACAAAAUUGAGGAAUACCAAGACAUGAACAAAGAUCAUGUUAGCUUUGACAAAUCUAUCAAAAGUUCAGAGAGUAUUUUUGGUAAUGCAAAGAUGGAAGUUUCUUCUUCAAUAGAAGACAGAAAGGUGGAAAAUGUCUCUAGGGGAUUAAAAACUGUUAGCAUAACAGAUUUAACAGAGACAGCUGGUCGGAUUUUUGAUUAUCAAAGAGAAAAUUCUAAAGAAAAUUUGAACGAAUCUCUAAAAAUAAAUACGGAAUGUAGAAACAAUGAUUUGAAUCUUCAGAGUGCUAAUAUAGAACAAGAUGAUGCUAAAAGUUUCAGAAAUUGUGGACGAAAUAUUAUAGAAGAGCAACAGGAUUCUUAUGGUCUGCCAGAACAAGUUCAACAGUGGUUGGAUCAGAUAGUUCUGGAAACAGAAAUAGAACCCACUAUUCAUGAAGUGGAAAAAUUACCUGAAAUAUCAGAUGUAUAUGUCUGUACUAAAUUUCAAUUGGAAACUUAGAACAGAUAUUUAAG